AUUAAACAAUUAAUUGUACAUAUUCAUUUAUAUCAUGUUUAAAUCUAUAUAUAUAUAUAUUCUACAAAAUGUCUGUAAGGGAGUUUUAUUUAAUGAGUAUUAUAAAAAAUACUUUACAUUUUACAAAAAAAAAUAUAUAUAUAUCUACCAAAGUAAGUGUUUUCCAAAUAGCAAUUAAUAAAUAAGUUACAUAUAAUACAAAAAUGCUACUUCAAUAUUAUUCGUGAUUUAAAAUAUGCUUCCAUUCAUUUAUUUGAUCACUUAUUCUAAAGGCAUUCCAAUUAUCCAUAGUUUCUGCAGUUCGUGGUUUUAUAGAAACAGGAAUACAAUAUUCUUCAGUAGAUUCGGGUGCAAAAAAGUCAGAAAGUAUUGGUACAACAUCUUUUUGUCUUGGUUCUGGAUCUUUGCUACGAGUUAAUCUGCUUGGCAAUUGAUUUUCAUCUAUGGAUAAGUCUACCAAAUCUCUAUAAAUUACCUCAUCAAGAGGAAAAUCCAAAACAGUAGAAAUCUUGCUAUUUAUAAGAUUCUUAUAUGAAGUAGGUAAAUGUUCUAUAUCAGUUACAACUUUUUGUUUUUUCAUUUCUUUUAAUUUAUUAAUUGUACAUAUAAUAGAAUUAUAUUCCGGUUUUGCUAAUUUUUCUCCAGAAGUAAUUGGUUUUGUAUGAAUCUUCUCAUCUGUUUUUAAAAUUUUUAAAUUAUCUGGCUGACUGCGUAAUACACCUGGUCCAACAUUAGGCUGUAUUUUAGAACCAAUUAUAUUCCUUAUCAUAACUUUUUUAACAAUGGGAGUUUUGAUUUUGGAUGCAACUUUAUUGUACUUAUAACAUGGCAUAACAUCAGCAGGUUUUAAAUUCAAAUUUUUUUUAGUUGUAAUUGAGCUAGAUUUCUUAUUUGUAGCAUUAUAUUUUUUUGUAUCACUAUUAGCAGAAGCCAGUCGAACUUUAUGUUUUAAAAUGUCCAGAUCUGUGGAUGUUUUAGUUACAGUUUUAAUGCCUUUCUUAUUAAUUGUUGAUUUAUUUUCUUUUUCUUUUCUACUUUUUGUAUAUUCUUUCAUCAAAUCAGUUUUAUCAGAAGUAUUUGUUUUAAUAUUCUGAAUAUUGCUAGCAUCAUUCAAAGGAAUUUGAUUUCCUGUUUUAAUAAUAUUUUCAUUCAAAGAUGAGGUCUCAAUCGAAGCCGAAGAAAGUGCAUUAGCACAUAAUGUCAAGUUUGCAUUCGAUUCGUUAUCAAUAACUUUUGAAUUGUUUUCCUCAUUGUUAGAUACCUUAUCCGGAUCCACUAAUUUAACAAAUUUAUUUAAUUUUACUACACUUAGAAUUUUUGGUUUGUUCGAUUGCUUAACACCAUUCUGAUCAGUCGAGCUUUCCAAUUCUUUUGUUAUCAAUUUGCCAGCAUCUGUUUGACAAAAUCUUACUUUUGGUCGGGUAAGAUAUUUUGCAUUCUCGGACAUCGUACAAAAAUAUAAAAUUCUAAACUAUUUCGUUUAUGAGAACGUUGACAAAAAAAAUUGAUAAGAAGGCACAUAUAUGAAUGUUGAAAACAUAACCUUCGUGGCACUGAGAUUUUGAAUGUUGUUUUGACAGUUAUUAGAAAUAACUGUCAGAAUCUCUUGCGGCGCUACCAAUUUCAUAAUAAAACUGUAGAAUUCGCCAUACGGGACUCCCCGAUUGUAAGCUUUCUUUCGCGAUGCUCAAUUUUACGAAAAUAGAAUGAAAUCUGGGCAAGUGACUAUUAUUUUUUGCACUAUGAAACUCCUAAUAUAUAUAAUGAUGAUGGACUUGAAAUCCCGGGAGCUAAACAACAAUGGAUAGAAAUUGUCAAUUAUAUGAUUAAUGAUUUAAAAUGGUUACUUGGUCUUCCAUUUUAUAGGUUUUGGUCAAACAUUGUAUUUAAUACCUCAAUACUAGAUACACUGGUAUCUUUUCUACAAGAUGCACCACCAUUCUAUGCUUUGGAAAAUUUUCCAAAUUCUCCAGAAAUGUUAGAACUUCUAGAAACAUUAAGUCGCUAUGUACUUGUAGUUUUCACACGAGUUGUCACAAAUAAGGAAAGCCCUAAAGAAUAUAUGAACCGUCCAUUUCUUGGAAAUUUAUUAUAUGAGAAGUAUAUAUUUACAGUACCCAUCAUUUUUGAUCUCUGUCAACUCUAUGGUCGAGAAAAUGCAAAAAUAAUGGGAAGAAUUUUAAAUUCUUUAUUUACAUUAGAACCACAGUACAAUAAUGAUCUUCAGAAAACUGUUCCCUGUCUUAUAGAGGCCCUUGAAAAUGUUGAAAGAAAAUUUGAUGGUUGUUCUACUUAUACCAAUGAAGCAGUUUCACUGUCAAAGCAGAAUAUUAAUUCUUCAAAACUUACAUUAUUUCAGUUGGAAGAUAUGAUAUUAUAUGUUCUAGAUAUAUCAUCAACCAUUAGUGUGUUCUUAAAGAAUUAUCCCCCAGCAGUGAAUAUAUUUCACACAGAGGAUUUUAUGAAUAAACUUGUUUCAGUAUAUGAAAGCACAAUACCUGAAAUGUAUAAAAUAUUAAAAAACCUGGCAUGUAAUGAUGAAAAUAUGCCAAAAUAUGUGGAACUGAAGCAUCGUUUGGACGUAACGAGAAUUGAAAUUUUAAAUCUUUUUCGUAUUAUUAUAUAUGAACCAAUAUCAAAUAUUCAAGAAAAUUUAAAUACGAUAAAGGAAGCAGAGGUAAAAGAACGGGUGGACGAAUAUUUUAAUUUAUUAAGCAAUGCAAUUUCUGAAAAAGAAUUCAUUACAGAUUAUGAUCAAUUUUAUCCCGUUAAAUCAGACUUGACUGUAUUAUCCAAUAUUUGUCCUGAUGAGAAGCUAUAGCUGGACCUAGUGGUAUUUCAAGUCGGACAACUGUAUCUGAAAAUGUAAAUUCUGUGAAUGAGAAACAAACUAUGUCAAAGAACUCUGUUCAAUUUGCUUCUCUUGUUUCUAAUGUUAAAGAUAUUUUACAUCAACUAGACGAAGGUUUUAUUAAGGCAAGUUUAGAGUAUUAUAAUUAUGAUAGUGCAGCUGUAAUAAAUGCUGUGUUACAAGAGUCACUACCACCAGAAUUAAAAGAGUUAUUGGAAAAAGGGUCGCCAUUAAUACCUAAUACUCCACCAACUUAUACAGAAACUACAAUUAAGGAUGUAGCUAAUGGUAUUGAAAGACUAAACAUUGUUGUUAAUUAUGACAAUGAUAAUGUUCAUGUUAAAAAACCUGAAAUUAUAGAUAUACCUAAAGAAUACAUAACUAAAAAUUAUAGCCUUGUCGAAGAUGUUUACGAUGACGAGUAUGACGAUACUUAUGAUAAUAAUGAUAUACGUGGUACACAGGACGAUUCAACUGAAGUAGAUUUAAAACCUUUUACCAUACCAAGAAUUCUUCGCGAAAAGCAGAAAAUUGAAAUUGUAAGUGAAUCGGAAUCAGAAGACGAAGAUAUAGGAAAUGACCAAAAUGGAAAAGACUGUUUUGUACAAAAUCCAGAAGAGAUACGUGCUAAAACGGAACAGCGACGACAAAUGCGAAGUGGAAAAACUGCAGGAAACGUAGUUGGCAAUCCUAAAGGUCAGGGGCAAGAGAAAAAUGUUUUAUACAACAGGCAGCAAAAAAAUGUCAAGAAAGCGAAACAGGCUAAUCACAAUCGCCGUUCUGGUGCUCAGUGGAAACGAAAUCAAGGAAUGGUUCCAUUAUAAAUCUACCUAUACUUUUACAAUAUAAAUGUAAAUACUGCCAUGUGAUAAAUACAUUCGUACCUAUGUUAAUUUUACAGAUUUUGAUUUUUUCAGUGUUUAAAUUAUCAUAACUUUGUUAACACAUUUAUUUGACAAAUUUUUAUGAUUCUUAAUGAUCUUUAACUAUUGUAAGAGCUUUUAUUCUAUUCAUUUGAUUAGCCACUGCUUCUUGAUAUUCAUCUUCAGGUAUCAUGGUACUCGGCGAUGAUCUUGAAGCGUUUGGUAUUGGCAUUAAGUGCGUAAAUAAGUGCGUUGUACUUCCAUAGUAAUCUAAUUGUAUCAUGAUCAAAGCGUGUAUGCUAGGUUUAAUAUAUUCCAACCUCUUAUCUAAAAACAUGGGUAAUUCUAUAAGUAAUUGAGCAUGUACAGUUUUCAAGUCCUUAGCAGCUGUCUCUUCUGCCCUGCGUUCUCUUUCUAAUUUCGCGAUGUGACUAGCAGUUCUAUCUUUUUUUUCUUGCAAUUUUUUAACACGAUUAUAAGAGUAUUUCCAAAUCGUUACUAGCUCCUCGCGUUUAGCAAUUGCUGCGGCUAUCAGUACGAAUUCAUCGCGUAAUUUUUUUAAUGGUUCUAUAAAAGUUUUUUGGCAGAGAGCUGCCAUUUCUUGCACUGUUUUUCCAAUCUGUGUCGUCACUGAAUGAUAAUUUUCUACCACUUUCCUGAAUUCAUCAUUAAGAUGUGCUAAGCCACAAGUUGUUAGAUUCAAUGUUAAUCUUUGGUCUACACGAUCUAGAUUUGUUACAGCUUCUAUGUACUUUUUCAUUUCUUUUGUUAAUUUUCUUAUUUAAUAAACAUACUAAAUUAGUCUUUGAACAGCGAUAUCUAACUCUCUGUCUUCUGAAUGGGUUAAUAAAGGUGAUGCUGAUGUAGGCCUCUGUGUUAAAUGAUUUUUCUUUAAAGGAUUCCACGUCAUUUUGUUAUCAUAAUUCAAUAAGCUUUCAUAAUAUCAUGCUCCAUCGAAUAAAACUGUUAACAAAUACAUUAUUAUAAUCACUAUUUAAGAAAACAUUGAAUACGGUGACGUAUACCACAUUUUAGAGUCCUAUCAUUACUAAUCUUGCAUCCGAUAGAUAAGAUUUAAGAUAAAAUAAUUUAUAUGUUUUCAUAUUUCACUAUUUUAUUAAUUUCUCCAAUAAAUUGAAAAGAAAUACUGAAGAAAUUAUGUAACAGAAAAGUUGUUUCUCUGUCAAUUUGAAUUUAACAUGAAUAUUUUCU